AUGAGUGAUAAGGAAAAGAAUCAAGAAAUUGAAUAACCAUUAAAAAGACAAAGGCGACCAAGAUAACAUACAAAUUAAGAAGAAUCUGAUUAAUUUUGGAAAAACAAUUAAUAUUUUGCCUAAGGAUAAAUUGAUGAUGAAAAUGAUGAAGAUUCAGAAGAAUAUUAUCCAUAAUAAUCAUCAUCUGCAUCUGAAGAAGUUUCUUAAGAAAAUGAUGCUUGUGACUUUAUAGAUUCUUUGGAAUAAUGGGAAGAUUGUUCAGAUUCAAAAGAAUAAUAAAAAUAAUAUUAAGAAUCACCAUCUUAAAAUUUUAUACAACUUAUGAAAAAGAAUUUAGAGCAAUUCUCUACAAUGAGAGGAGUCCAUACAUAAGUUGACAUUGCUACAUUACCUAGAUUAGGUGAAACAUCUUAUGUUUAUUUUAAUGAAGAAUAGAAAUUUUAAAAUGAAUUUUAAGAUGUUUUAAAUAGAUUCUAUAAAUCUAUUCCUUGUGAUAAAUAACGAAGAGGGGGAGAUGAUCAAAGUAAAUGUAAAACUGAAUUUCAUGGUGAUUUAUUUGAUUUUGAAGAUAAGAGAUACUUUAUAGAUAGUGAAAUUUAGUAAUUAUAAAGAAUCUUAAAAUUAUACAAAACAUAAAAAUUUGAUUCAUAUCUUGCUUAUAGAAAAUUGACAAGAGAUUAAAAUUUGGAUUUUGAAUAAUCUAUUCAUAAAUAAUUAGAUUUAUUAAGAUAAAAGAAAAGAUAGCUUGAAACUUAAUUAGAAGAAGAAAAAAGAUGUUUUUAUUUGUCAAUAGAUUAGUAAUAUAUUUUAAAAUUGAAGGAAUAUACUACAUAUUAUACUCCUAGAUAUAUUUAAAGUUAAAGUAAUAUAAAGUAUGAUCAAAUGUUAUAAAAUGAGAAUUAACUUUUCUAAAUAUAUCCAUAUGAUUAAUAGCCUUAAUGGCUUAUUAAAUAUCAAGAAACCUUUCAUAUUUUUAAAUAGAAAAUCUCAUUACUUUAAGCUCCUCUCUAUUUUUAUAGUUUUUAGGAUGCAAAUGCAUUAAAGAUAACUUCUCAUCUUAUUUUGAAAUCUUUAAAAUAAUUGGAAGAAGUAUCAAAAAAUAAACUAAUUGCAAAAAUAUUUAUUGAUCUUAUGAAUUCACUUUUCAAUAUAGAUAUUCCUGAAACAGAUCUUCUUUUCAAUAGUGACCUAUUAAAUGAAGAAAUAAUUUCCAUUUUAAUUUCUUAAGAAAAGUAAAUUUUAUUGGAUUAGCCUGAAUAAUAUAAGCCAUUUCCAACACCAGAUGAUCCAGGAACAGAAACUAAAACAAAAUUGAAGUUUUAUCCAAAUUACAAAACUGAAGAAUAUACUCUUUAUGUAAGACCUGUUUUUGAAUUUUCAAUGAGAUUUCUAUAUGAAAUUUAUCUAAGAAUUUAAAAGAUUACAUAAAUGUAAACUAAAAUUACAUUCAAAAAUUAAGAGUAUAUGAUUGGAAAUUUAAUAAUUGAAUGUUGUUAUAAAUAUUUAGAUGAUGAAAUAUCAUAUGCAGCAUGGCUUACUAUUUGCAAAUCUAUUCUUAAUGAGAAAGAUUCUAUUGAAUUAUCAACUAUAAUUUUAUUAGUAUAAAUGUUCCGUAGAUUAUUUUAUUAAUAUGAUGAUUGGACAAUUGAAUUAUUAAUAAAUUGGACAUAAAAAGUUUUAGGUGAAGAUAGUAAAAUAUAAAAAGAUGAUGUUCAAUUAUCGAAUAUGAGUAUUCAAGAUAUCAUAUUAAAAUUGAAAAGUCAUGUAGAAUUAUCAAAUGCAAAGAUAGCAAGAAUAUAGACAGUAGAUGGGUUGAUGAUCAUUCAUGUUUUUGAAUUUUCAUAAUUAUAUUGA